UCUGCAGCCUCUCCUCCCUCUCCUCCUCCUCCUCCCUCCCUCUCCCGCUGCCCGGCCCCUGAACCGGUGUAACUCAUCCACGCUAUGUUCGCAGGCUCGGGCCGCGUGCUAGGAAACACGAGCAGGGUGAGAUAUUCAGAGUCCCGGGCGGCGCGGCGCAGGCCGCCGGAUAAAGCGCAGGAGGAGACGGCGGUCCGUGCGGUUGGAGCUCAGGACCUCAGGAGGGGAACAUGUGAGCAGGGAAUGGGCCACUGGAUACGGGAUUACUGUUGCACACAGCAGAGAGGCGCAGGAGGGACCCGGGGCAGGAGAGACGGGUGGACACUGUGACAAUCCCCUGGAGAUUUUUUCCUCCUCUUUAUAUUUUUUAUUUAUUUUUUUAUUACUAUUUUUAUUUGUUUUUUUAACUUUUUCACGCGAGAGAGGAAACAGUGGACUUGUGGAGCCAAAGAUGAACACCAUCGUGUUCAACAAGCUGAGCAGUCAGGUCCUCUUUGAGGAAAAAGCGAAAGAGGUGGAAAUGAGCAGCAGAAAUUACUUGGAAGUGAUCGACGGGCAGCAUCCAGACCUGCUCUCCAGCAACCAGACCAUCAGAGACACCCAGGCCAUCAGGCACCGGCGGAGCGGGGGUCGGCCCAGCGGCGGGAAGGUGCGGCACAAGCGCCAGGCCCUUCAGGACAUGGCCCGGCCGCUCAAGCAGUGGCUCUACAAGCACAGAGACAACCCCUACCCCACCAAGACCGAGAAGAUCCUGCUGGCCCUGGGCUCCCAGAUGACCCUGGUCCAGGUGUCCAACUGGUUCGCCAACGCCCGGCGGCGGCUGAAGAACACGGUGAGGCAGCCGGACCUGAGCUGGGCGCUGCGCAUCAAACUCUACAACAAAUACGUGCAGGGCAACGCCGAGAGGCUGAGCGUCAGCAGCGACGACAGCUGCUCGGAAGACGGGGACAAUCCUCAGAGGACACAGAGCGGCCCUGAGGAGCUCAGCAAGCCCUCCAUGUACCAGAGUGUGAUCAAGAAGGAGGGCUCCUCCAUGGUGGGCAUGGCCAUGGGGAUGGGCAUGGGCAUGGGCGGCGCGCUGCGCUCGGCCGCCGAGCCCGACGACUACGUGUCCCCCCCCAAGUACAAGAGCAGCCUGCUGCACCGCUACCUGAACGACUCGCUGCGUCACGUCAUGGUGGCCAACGCCGUCAUGGACGCCCGCAAGAGGAACCACUCGGGCUCCUUCAGCUCCAACGAGUACGACGACGAGCUGCUGUCGCCGUCUUCCUCCGAGGCCGAGGCCAACUUCGUCUACCGCGCCGAAACCACGGACCAUGCCUCCAGUAAAUGUGACAAUGGCGUCGGAGCUGCGCAGAAGGAGAAGGUGAAGGGCAAAGACGAGACUUACUGGAAGGAGAUCAACGCCGCCAUGGCCUUGACCAACCUGGCACAAGGGAAGGACAGCGCGCCCGGGACCACCAGCUGCAUCAUCCAGAAGUCCUCUCAUAUAGCAGAGAUCAAGACUGUCAAAGUGCCGGUGCUGCUGCAGAAGUAUUAACCCCGACGCCCCCUUCCCCGUCCCGCUAUGCAAACCAGCUAACAUUCCUGGACUUCCAAUGGACUCCCGUCGGCGGAGGCUUGAAGGGAGAAGCCGUUGUUGUUGGUGUCUUAAAACAGUUCAAAGAGGCCUUGACCAUCCUUUCCCUGAUCAGCAGUAUUUCCUAAACCGAGACACUUUUCUAAUGUUAACUUAUUUUUUUACGAGUCUUUUUUGUUACUCCUCCUUUUUUUACACUAUGAAAUGUUUGCGUUUUGCCAAAGUGCCUUCGUCCGAGCAGGCGACGAACUGGCCGCCCGUGCAGCAGAGAUUCCGAGGUCCUCUGGAGAGCACAGGCUCUGGACUCAGGAUUAGUGAAUGAGAAAACCUCCCCCUCCACAGCCAGUGCCUUAAGACGGACUGAGUGAGCUCAGCGGCCGAGGCGCUGAUGAACUGGGGCAGCGUUGUGCGAAUUCCCUCGAAGGCGUCGCUCUUCCCGUGUUUUGACUGGAGCCUUUGGUUUUGACUGGAAACUCGGCGCUGCUUUGUCUCAGCAGGACUCUCCAACGCUGGCAGGCCGACGGCGGCCCGCUGGAUCCGCAGAUAAAGCCGCCGGAUGCUCGUCAACAUCUCGGCCUUGCCGACGGGCGAAGGAUUCCUGCCUUAUCUUCCCUCGGCGGCUGAAACGUGAGCGGGCGCUCAGCUGGGCCGGAGAGCCAGGAGACCACGGCAGACGUACGCAGCGGGAGGAAUGCCGUGACCGAAAAGGGAUGUGUUCUUGGCGCUAUCAGUGCUUCACUUGCUUUCUGUUUUCCGAACAAGAUAGUGGGAGUGCGCACAGGCAGCGGCGCUCGCAGCCUUUUGAUCCCGGCUCUCUCAGCUGUUUGGCAUUACAUUCAAAUUACUGUUUACAAGGAGCCAGAGGCUCCACGGUCCGGAUUCCUCCCCCCACUCUCACUCUUUUUUUGUGAGUUUUUUUCUCUUGACUUCAAAAACACCCGUCAGUGUUAUCUCUCUGUCCACCAAACAAGUGUUCCAAGUGUCGAUACGGUCAGGCUGUGUACGUCUGCCCGGCCGAGUCGCAUGAAGAUCUAGAGAUUGGCUCUGUGGGGGAAGCGCUCUGGUACGGCUCCUAUUGACAUUUUCAUGUUAUGUAUAUCUUCAAGGUACUGUUCAUGUGAGUCCAAAUGUACACUCCGGAAUUCUGUUGUGUUUUUUUUGUUUUGUUUCUCGACUACCCAGACUGUGCCUCUGGUCAAGGACUUUAAGAGGAAGUGAAGCUGCAUGAAAGCAACUUCCUGACCUUUUUACAUGUCUUGAAUGUGCAAAUAAAAAAAAAAAGAAAGAAGAAGCUGCACUUAAAAGUUUUUAGAAAUGUCAAAGAAAUGAAGGACAACUUGAAAGUAUUCCUUUAGUGUGCCUAUGGAAAUUAGAUGAAAUAAAUCGCACUAUUUGCUCAUGCAGAGGUUUGUGGGCUCCGCGGGUUUCUUCGGGCCCGUUUACAUGACAUCUGUCGUUUCUACCGAGUCGAAGCAUUUUCAGAAAGUUGUGUUCUCAGUGGCUCUGAUCACCUUUGUCAUGUAAACCCCGGACCCCGAAACGAUCCGGAAGUUUUCAAUUUUCACUUGAAAUUAUUGAGUAAGCGUGGCCUUCCACGCCCGGGCCGGGUGUGUAGCUUCAGGGUGUUUCCACACACACCUCCGGACCUCCGGACCGCCUGUGACUCUCUCCUCACAGGACGGCCAGGAGAGCCAGCACGAGGUCGAAAGAGGGUUCAGAGUCUUCAGAGGCCGAAGGAGACCUCCGUAUUCUCCGUUGUCCCGCCGCCUCUCGCUCCCACCGCGGGAGCUGACAGAGGGCCUUCCACAGCCAUCACUUCGGUACUGUACGCACCUUCCCUCAUGAAGCACCGGGAUGUAAUGAAGCUUAUAAAUUAUUACUGCAGGCUUUGUCAAAACCAAGAAAAGUGGUGACCAUGGUUUGUUUUUUUAUUGUUAAGUUAUAUUUAGUUUUAUUUUCUUUGUUUCUUUUGAUAGAGACUGGAUUUUCAAUCCAAUGACCAAAUGCAUAUCUCCUAUUAUUGUCCGAUUUGCUUUCAUGUAAAUUGUU